AAUGCGGCAAAAAUGUCGUAUAUGAAAACGGAUAAACUGAAAUUGCGACGCGAAGUGCCUGAAUACCGUGAGAUUAUUGGAUAAAACUUUUUAUAUUUUACAAUGUUUUAACUAAUUAUUAAGUGCCUAAAUGUUUUGAGUGUAGUUUUUAGUAUAUUAGUGCUUUAAUAAAUGUUAUCGAGAUGUCCAAAAACAAGAUAGCGGCCAGAAUUGACAGUCAAAGUGUGGAAGUAAAAACCAAGUUCGAUGCAGAAUUCCGCCGUUUCUCGUUAAGUCGAAGCGAGAAACUAAAAUACGAAGACUUCAAGGCUCUCAUAGAGAAACUCCACCGGCUUCACGACGUUACGUUCCUGAUCUCCUACACAGACCCUCGGGAUGGCGACCUGCUGCCCAUCAACAAUGAUGAUAACCUGGCACGGGCACUCCUCACAGCGAGGCCGCUGUUGCGAGUUAUUAUACAGAGGAAAGGCGACAGUCUGGAAGAGCUCAAUGGGUACGGAACGAUGCGCCCGCGCAACAUCAUCUCCUCGAUACUCAGCGGGACGCCCGCCAAGAACAAGGGCCUAGCGAUAUCGAACCCGCACGAUUUUAGAAUGGUAUCAGCAAUAAUAGACGUAGACAUAGUGCCGGAAACGUGCAGAAGGGUCAAAUUACUGAAGCACGGCUCGGAUCGACCGCUAGGAUUCUUCAUCAGAGACGGCACGUCAGUCCGAGUGACGCCUAAUGGCGUCGAGCGAUCACCGGGUAUAUUCAUAUCGCGGCUGGUGCCCGGCGGCCUGGCCGAGUCCACCGGCCUGCUGGGAGUCAACGACGAGGUGCUGGAGGUCAACGGCAUCGACGUCUCUAACAAGACGCUAGAUCAGGUGACCGAUAUGAUGGUGGCGAACUCUUCGAACCUGAUCAUCACGGUGCGGCCCGCGAACCAGCGCGCCGGCCCGCCGCCGCCGCCGGAGACCGUGUCGCGCACCUCGCAGCCCUCCAGCGAACCUGACGAAGACAGAUUCGAUCAAGACGAACAAGAUGAAAUCGUGGACCUUACAGCGAUCACAUUAGAGGAGCAGACGGAACCGCACGCUUUCCCUGUCCCGUCCAAGGACGACGGGCAAGUGCUGCACCUCUAGUACAUCCUGCAGCGGUACCGCCGCGCCACGCAACGGCCCGUAUGACAUUACUAUAGUAGAACAAUAAUCCCAUUAUAGGAAUUUACGAGCUCAGGAAUCCAGAAUACUAAUGAGUUUUGUAAAGAAAUUAUAGAAAUACGGAAUCCCAUUAUGGAAAUUUUGUAACCAGCUCAUAGUAAUCCAAAAUUCCACUAUAGAAGUUUUGUAACGCUUAUAAAAAUAGGAAAUCAUGAUUCCUAUCAUAGGAAUUUCUUAACACGCUCACGUAAUUAGGAAUCCAGCUCGAAGGACCAAAUCGAUCUGAGACACGUUACCUCAGUACAUAUCCCAUUAUAGGAAUUUUAAUAUAUAAAUUGGUAUCGCGUUGCGAGGACUAAAGCUAUCCGAUUGGUUGUUGAAACACACUGAGAAUGCACCGAACUUUGAUAUGUCAAUUAUUGCGUUAGUAAAGCGAUAGUUGUAUAUGCUAUUGGAAAUAAUAUGUAAGACAAAAUCACUUUUCAGUUACUCUAUUUUUGUGUCGAAGAAAGUAGACCAAUUUUAUGCUCGGAGACUUACAACUCUAUGUAAAGGGAAUAAGAGCUUUCUAUCUUGAAGUUAAAUAGUUAAAUCGAACGAUUUCGAUAAACUAGCCUAAUCGCAGUCUUUAACUCUUGGUCUCUCGUGAAUCGCCGGCGAGCCAAGACAGCUACAUGACAUUUGCGUGUGUCACGGGAUUAUAACCUUAUAUAC